GUCGUGGCAGCUGCGGCGCGUUGCCUUGGAGUCGGCGAGACGCCGCAGGGCCUCCACGGCGGAGAGUGCCAGCUCGGGGCCUGGGACACCAUGUCAGUGCUGGACGUGCUUUGGGAGGACCGGGACGUCCGCUUCGAUGUGUCCUCUCAACAAAUGAAAACAAGACCUGGAGAAGUCCUUAUUGAUUGUUUAGAUUCAAUUGAAGACACCAAAGGAAAUAAUGGGGAUAGAGGUAGACUCUUAGUAACAAAUUUAAGAAUUAUCUGGCACUCUUUGGCACUACCCAGAGUCAAUCUUUCUAUCGGUUACAACUGCAUAUUGAAUUUUACAACAAGAACUGCUAACUCUAAAUUACGAGGUCAAACUGAAGCUCUUUAUAUACUAACAAAAUGUAAUGCUACUCGCUUUGAAUUUAUAUUUACAAAUUUGGUUCCUGGAAGCCCUAGACUUUUUACUUCAGUGAUUGCAGUACACAGAGCAUAUGAAACUUCUAAAAUGUAUCGCGAUUUUAAACUGAGAAGUGCAGUAAUUCAGAACAAGCAACUGAGAUUAUUACCACAAGAACAUUUGUAUGAUAAGAUCAACGGAGUGUGGAAUCUGUCCAGUGAUCAGGGAAAUUUAGGAACUUUUUUUAUUACCAAUGUGAGAAUCGUGUGGCAUGCAAAUAUGAAUGACAGUUUUAAUGUCAGCAUACCAUAUCUGCAGAUUCGUUCAAUAAAGAUUAGAGAUUCAAAAUUUGGUUUAGCUCUCGUCAUUGAAAGUUCUCAGCAGAGUGGAGGAUAUGUUCUUGGUUUUAAGAUAGAUCCUGUGGAAAAACUACAGGAAUCAGUUAAGGAGAUUAAUUCACUUCACAAAGUCUAUUCUGCCAGUCCUAUAUUCGGAGUGAAUUAUGAAAUGGAAGAAAAGCCACAGCCCCUUGAAGCUCUGACAGUUGAACAAGUUCAAGAUGAUGUAGAAAUAGACGCUGAUGAUCACACAGAUGCUUUUGUGGCUUAUUUUGCUGAUGGCAAUAAGCAACAAGAUCGUGAACCUGUAUUUUCAGAAGAACUGGGGCUUGCAAUAGAGAAAUUGAAGGAUGGAUUCACUCUACAGGGACUUUGGGAAGUAAUGAGUUGAUCUUGAGUUGAGCUGGAUUUCCACUUAAAAAUCUCUCAAGAGUAAAAACAGUAGUUGCCUACUCUGAGAAUAGUUUUUAUAUUUAUACAUUUUAUAUUUAAAGAUUUUUAAGAGUUUUUUAAUAAUUAAGGAAAAUACAUUUUAAAAAACUGCCAGUUUUCUAAAAGUUAAUAUUUAAGAUUGUAAUGGAAAUGUAUCUAGUUUGUUUAUUUUGUACCUAAU